UCUCCCAUGGAAUAGUCCCAAAAGUGCAAACCACACCAAUCUGGCGCCAAAGAAAGGCUCAAUCAAAUGCUCAACCUAUUUCAAAGAAAUCAAAUACUAUUUGAAGCCACUCCACACUUAGCUUACUUAUUAUGGAUUCAUCAGCAAUGAUCUUUUCUUGUAGUUUCUCAAUAGCAUUAGGGACAUAUGAUAGUAAGCUGUCAGUGCACUGAAGUGCCUACAGAGUUGUUUCGUAAUAUAACCAUGGUUUCUCAGUAUGGUAAUGUAGCAAUGGUGCAAUUUCUUCCUCUCCUACUCCACUCACUCAAUCCCCCCUUGAUUCACUUUCUCUUCCUCCUUGAGAGGAGAGCUGAUGUCACAGGGAGGUGGCGGUCUGCCCAUGUCUAUAAGUACAGGCACCACAGAGGGAAUCUCUAUAUGAAGUGGAGCUAACCCAGCUGAGCAGUGCUGACCCAUGCUGAGAAAAGACACUGCAGGAGAACAAAGAAACACUAUCGACUGGUGUACCUUUUCGUGCACUCAAACAGAUGAAGGAAUAAAUGAACUGACAGACAGACUUCUCUCCUCUGGACUCAAGUGCAGGAUCUGGACAGUAUAUCAUCACAGACACUAGGUAUCUAUUCUAGGACGGAAUCUUUAUCUCUAAUUUAAAUAGUGUAAUCUACACCUUCGGGAUGUUUUCUCUGGUUAGUUUGAGACGGACCGUCUCCACACUGUUCGUUCUCCUCUCCAGUGCUGCUGUCAUGGUGGAGAGUGACUGUCCUACCCAGUGCUCCUGUGGCCCCUCACCGCCAUCGUGCCCAGCGGGCAUUAGUUGGGUGACAGAUGCCUGUGGCUGCUGUAAGGUAUGUGCCAGGCAGUUCAACCAGGACUGCAGCCCCAGCCAGCCCUGUGACCACAUUAAGGGCCUGCACUGCCACCUGGGGGCUGGGGGAGACCCAGAGAGAGGCCUGUGCCGAGCGGAGGCCCAGGGCCGGCCCUGUGAGUUCAACGGGCGUGUCUACCAGCAUGGAGAGGACUUCCAGCCCAGCUGCCAGCACCAGUGCAGCUGCAUGGACGGGGUGGUGGGCUGCAUGCCACUCUGUCCCCAGCAGGUACCCUUGCCCGACUGGCGCUGCUCCCAGCCAAGGCUGGCACGGCCCUGGGGCCGCUGCUGUGAGGAGUGGGUCUGUGAUGACAAAAAUAACAUCAGUGAGGACCCAGAGGAACAUCCACAGGCAGCCCUACCUGACCCACAACCCCUCCCAAACCACAUCAACAACCAGCUCCAGGCCCAAGCCCUGGCCCAGCCACACUAUCAGGCCAGCACUGGAGUCACCUUUAGAGAGUUGGUGUCCCUCCCCAGGUCCCAGGUGUUGCUGAGCGCCAGAUGCCUCCCUCAGACCACUGAUUGGACGGAAUGUUCCACCACGUGCGGGAUGGGCAUCUCAAGCCGGGUGACCAAUAACAACGCAGAGUGUCGGCUGGUCAGAGAGACACGACUCUGUCAGGUCCGCCAAUGUGACCUGCCGCUUACCCCAGCAAUCAAGAGGGUAAAGAAGUGCCAGCGUACAGUGCGGCCCCAGGAGCCAAUCAGGAUCAACUUUGCUGGCUGCUCCACAACACGCCGCCAUCGACCUCACACCUGUGGCUUCUGUGCGGAUGGGCGAUGCUGCACCCCUUCACUGACCCGCACCGUCCGCCUGCGCUUCCAAUGUCCCGACGGAGAGGGCUUCACACGCAACGUCAUGUGGAUCCAGAGCUGCAGCUGCAAGAAGAGCUGCCACAAUCACAGUUCCCCCUCAAGGCCCUCUGUCAGCCUGCACAAUGACAUCCACAACUUCAGGCACUGAGGCAGGCUUAGGAGGAUGCCCAACCCUAGCCUCAACACACGAGACAGGGCUACUGCAUGCUAACCUCUCCCCAUCUUCCACCCACCCUCUGCCCAGGGAUAGCCCUGCCUUUCAGUCCCUUCCUGGACACCAGCCUCUCCCUCCUGCACCAGCGCCAGACUAUGGGAGAGAGAGCCUCAGCUAGGUGGCCGUUCCAUCCAACCAGGCAGAACUAUCGCUUGCACUUUAAGCUUCCUGACACGUUGCCACAAGUUAUCUGAUAUGAGAGAUGUGGAGCAACUGCUCUCCACAUCCAGGUCCAGUGUCCCUUCCCUGUUGAUGACACAGUCACAGAACUGUUCUGGGGGAGGGGGAGGGACAGCACUGAGCACAACAGACUAUGGAUGGCCUGAUGUGACUUUCUUGAUGUAAUUUUGAACUUGUAAAUUAAUCAGUUUGGUUGUCUGCUUUUCCCCCUCAUUAUUUAUAAUUUGUAUUUGUUAACAUUGUCAAGUUCCUCUAUAACCACAGAGGAACAAGGGAAAAGGAAUGUAUAUGUAUGUAUGUGAAAGACAUACAUCACUUUUUGUCAUAAUAGAGAUGUGUAAAUUAGUGAGGCCAGUGAAUGUGUAAGGAUGUGAUGAGUGACGACCAUGGGCAAUCUCAUACAUUCAUGAAGUGUUUUGUCUGAUACAUCGAUGGUAGAAAGAGGACAGGAUAUCAUUCUACAAAUUCAUCAAUGAUUGUAAUUAACUGUAUAUUACAUUGUGUAAAGGUCAGUGUUUAUGUGUGUGAGAGAAAAUGAAAGGGUGAGAAACAGAGUGUUUACAUGUGUGUAUUUGUGUCAUAUGACAGAGUAUAGUGUACAGACUUCACUCUUAGUGGAGUGGCAAUUGAUGGAGAUCACCUCAUUUUCCGGGGUGUGUUUUUAUUGCCUCAUAGUAUAGAGACUUGUACUGGAGGGAAGAUUGUAUUUGAUAUAUUUAAGAUUUCUAUAAUAUUUGAAUUCUUAUCAAUAAUACUCUGAAAAAUUGAAUAAAAACAUUCAACAUGU